AAUUUGCACUUGUCCUUCGCCAUAAACCUAGUUGAGCUUACUCUAAGAAAUCACUUAUAAGUCAAUGGAAAGAAGUUUCAUUGUAUCCUCUCCAGGGAAGACAAUCCUAUUUGGUGAACAUGCUGUUGUUUACGGUGCUACAGCUGUAGCGGCUUCUAUUUCUCUAAGAACCUAUUGUAGAAUAGAACCUAGCGAAAAACCCGAGAUUGUCAUAAAGAUGCGAGAUAUAGGGACGAAACACUCAUGGCCUCUUGAAUCUUUGCCUUGGAAAGCUGUACCCGCAAAGGACGUAUUUCAUCCUCCAAACACUCUCAAUAACGAGAUCGUGGCAGCGUUGGAAAAGCUAUUGACAAACGAGAAAAAGAGUCCUCUAGUUUUUCUAUCAAUGCUGUGCAUCUUGUACUUGUAUUUACAGAUUGGUUCCCCUACACAAGGCUGUGUUAUAACAAUAAAUUCAGAAGUGCCCUUGGGUGCUGGUUUGGGAAGCAGCGCGACUGUUUCAGUCGAUGUCGCAACAUGUUUGUUAUUAUUUUUUGGCUUCAUUCAGCCACCAAUAACUGGAGAAAGCUUGGGCCGAGCUGAAACCCUUACUCUUAUAGAAGCUUGGUCUUUUAUUGGUGAAUGUUGUAUCCAGGGCAGUCCUAGCGGAAUUGACAAUGCCGCUGCUACUCAUGGUGGCCUAAUUGCUUUCCGAAAGUCCACGGCUAAGACGACUGCCAUGAAGCAAUUCUUAAAACUUGAGAAUCCUCUGUCCGUUCUGGUUACCGAUACAAAGCAGCCCAAGAGUACUAAAGAAUUGAUUCAGAGAGUAUUUCGACUUCGAGAGCGUUCACCUCUUGUAAUUGAUUCCAUUUUUCAAACCAUUGAUGGGAUAUCACGAUCCGCAAUCGAAGCCCUUGAAACCGUGACGGAUGUAUUUCGACUUCGAGAGGUCCUUGGCGAGCUUAUUUUCAUCAACCAAAAAAUGCUUGAGGCAUUAAACGUCUCUCAUGUUACAAUUGAGCAAGUUAUAAAUGCUACCAAAUCCAUAGGUCCGACAAAGUUAACUGGCGCAGGAGGUGGAGGAUGCACAGUUACAUUGAGGAACACUGACUGUUCAAAUGAGAUGGUUGAGGAUGUUAUUACUGAAUUAGAUUCGUUAAAAAACUCUGUCUACGAUAUUCAACUAGGAGGCCCCGGUGUAGCUGUCGUGUCAGAUUCAGCCCCAUAUUUCGCAGAGUUUGUCGAAACUCUCGAAAGUAAAAAAUACAAUUUACUCAAUAAUUUGAAACAAACUUAUUUUUAAGGUUUAUAAUGUACUUUUUAUUUGUGACUACUUUCGUUUUAUAUAAGAGUUUGGAGCGGCUGAUUCUACCUCGGUCAAAAACACUCAAGCCCAAUACCCUCUUUAUUAUACCCUCCUUAUAAGUCUUUCUUUUAAAACGACUCUUUUCAUUCUUUUAGAUUUAUAAAAACAAAAACUAAA